GGAACUAGCCCUAAUCACAAUAAAGAAGAAAUAAAAAGAAGUUAAAUGUGAAUCAAUGACUACGUUUAGACGGUGCUUUUUUCCAGUUUUGUAAAUACAGACCGGUAUAUUUAUAUAUAUCAAUAGAUAUGUUUUUAUAUUGAUAUAAAUAAACCGGAAUAAUAAGAGCACCGUGUAAACGUAGUCUAUUUUCUUUGAGGUUGUUCUCUUAGGCCUGUUAUAUUUCAUCGCGUGGGUGCGAAUUGCUCGCGUUCGCGUUGUAUUUCAAUCAGAAAAUUGUUAAAAGAAUUCGAUGUUUAAUAUGUAUUCAUCAUUAUCAUAUUCAAGUUACGCGCGCGUGUGAUGUGUCGCAAUCUAAAGAAACAAAUGCAUCAUAUUCCCAUAUGGGAAACAAAAGAAUUACGAAGUUAGUCAAUCGAGAGACACGUUGAGUCACCACGUUGCUCCAAUCUUUAAUCUUUAAUAAAACUUUCCGUCAUAGUAAUCUCGAUAUAAUAAAAAAUCGGUUUACUUAAUUCUAAAAUAUUACCCUGCUCUUUCAAUAAAUAUUUUUACAAAACCCGAAAAAACAAGAUUUUCGUGAUGGAUAGAAAAGUUUCCUUGCUGGACGGUAGUUUGGCGACACAAAUAGCAGUUCAUGUAGGCAAAAAUCCGGACGGUGAUCCGCUGUGGACAGCCAGAUUUAUCACCACGGAUCCGAAUGCAGUAUACGCGACCCAUUUGGAUUUUUUACGUGCCGGCUCGAAUAUUAUCGAAACUGUGACUUACCAAGCUUCGAUAGGUGGUUUUAAAGAACACUUGGGAUUGAAUGAUAAGCAAAGUUUAGAUCUCAUUCGCAAGGCAGUCGAGCUUGCCAAAAAAGCUAUUGAAACGUAUAAAGAGGAGUGCAACGAUAAGAAAAGUGUCAACAGAGAAAUCUUGGUUGCUGGGUCUUGUGGCCCUUACGGCGCUACUCUGCACGAUGGUUCUGAGUACACUGGUGCUUAUUGUGAAAAAGUAUCAAAGGAAUUUCUCAUGAGUUGGCAUAGACCAAGAAUCGAAGCUCUAUUGAACGCGGGUGUUGAUUUAUUGGCUAUCGAGACAAUUCCUUGCGAGAAAGAAGCAGCAGCGCUUGUCGAUUUGCUAAAAGAAUAUCCCCACGCAAAAGCUUGGUUAUCCUUUUCCUGUAGCAAGGAUGGCAUAAAUUUGGCAAAUGGAACCAAAUUCCAGGAAGUAGCAUUACAGUGUUAUCAAAAAUCUCUGCCUGGUCAGAUUAUUGCUAUAGGGGUCAAUUGUCUCUCUCCAAAAAUCGUCACUUCAUUGCUCAAGGGUAUCAACAAAGAUAAUCAUGUGACCAUUCCUUUAGUUGUUUAUCCAAAUAGUGGCGAAGUUUACAGUUCUGAGGAAGGAUGGAUAAAAGAUAAUGGUGAAUCCAUCACACCAGCAGAUUUUGUUCACGAAUGGCUCGAUCUUGGAGUUCGUUAUAUCGGUGGUUGUUGUCGAACCAAAGCCGAAGAUGUUGUGAAAAUUCGCAAGCAAAUCGAACUUUGGCAGUCACAGGAGAGAGAAUCACUGCUGUAAUAAUUUCUUUGUGGGACUACGUCGAAUAAUCGACUUUUACGGGUCGUACAUUUCUUACGGACAGAAAACAAAAGUUAAUUUUGUUUCUCUCUAAAAUAUGAUUGCACAUCGAGGGUGAGGAAGGAUGAGAAAGAUUUUAUCUCAUAUUUUCACUGGCUGCCACAAGAAACGUAAUUACGAAUUGAAUAAUUGAGUAUGAAUUGAAAUAAUAUACAAACUCUUUGAAAUAUCCAUUUUUUGUUUCAAAUUUCUGAAAUACAUAACUUGUACAUUCCA